UCCGAGAUCAACUUGUUGUUGUUGUUCUUUCCCUUUCUUUCCUUAAUUUAAAAAAAAAUGGAGCAUGGAAGUGCUGAAAAUGUUAGAAUACCUACAACGUUUCUUACGGACUCUGAAUUAAUAUACCAUUUAAUAUGGAUCUUGAGGUUCUUUACGAAGAACUUCGCGGUAUGGAAGUUACAAACCCAGCUUGCAUGGACAAAAUUAUGUCUUAUAAAGAAGAUAUCGAAUUGGAAGCUGAUGACUAUAUGCAUGUGCUAGUAGAAAGUUUGUCACAUGCUAUGAUUACAUGGGAACAACCCUGGUAUCAAGAACAAGACAAAUUAAGUCUGCAACCCCUAAUAGAAAACCGUGAUGGAUUGCCGAAAUUUCGAGAGGAUCCUAUAACCAAAGAUGAAGGAGAGCAUAUUCUAAACAAUUGGCGUAAGUUGGUGAAGAAAUACAAUAUCCCAGAUAAAUUGCAAUGUUUUGCGCGAUGGAGGAAUAUUGGUUAUAACAAAAGGUCGUCAGCUCAAGAAAAUGUUCGCCGAUUUAUUCAUUCAUAUUUAGCACGAGGCUUGAAUAGGACUAUUCCACAAGUGUAUCGGCACAUAGUCAAUACAUAUAGGAGAACAAAAAAAGGACGAUAUACACCUGACGAAGAAAAACUAAUGGAAAUUUGUUUUUAUCAUUAUCCACCAAGAGCAGUUCGAAUAGCAUCAUUUGUUCUUGACCGAGGUGAUAAAGGAAUUACGAAAAGAUUUUUAGUCUCUCGCAAUGGUAAACCAGAAUUUAACAGAAUAAAGUGGACACUACCACUAGCUACAAAAUUAGUAAACUUGUUAGUAAAAUAUACUGGAGAAGAAAGUUAUGACGGACUCAAGAAUAAGCCCAUUCAUAUUAGUAUUUGGCGUGACGUUGAAAAUCAUUUUGAUACACUAGCCUGUUAUCUUCGACAUUUUUGGUACACAUCACUGCACUGUCAAUUAUUUAUUAAAUAUGAUGUUACUUUAAGAAGAGUUAGACGAAGAGUAUUUAAAAUAUUGCGCAAUUCGCCAUAUUAUAAGGUUUGGACUGAUAUAAGAUGGAAGGAUGUCGUGGCCCAGCUCCCAGAUGGAUUUACUUUUCAAUUCAUUUAUCACAUUACAAUCCGUAUCUUACGGCACGUGAGAAAUCAUACGAAACUACCUCUACAAGAGGUAGUUAAAAUAGGUUUACGUGCUACAAACCGAAAAGGUUACGGAAAUAAACGUCUAAAAACAUUGGUAAUGAACAAAGAAGGCAAUUUAGAAGCACAAAGGUACAGUAACAAAUUCUGACACGAAAUAAAUGGAAUUGUUUUUUUACAAAA